CUCCUCUCUCUCUCUUCCUCGGCGCAACACCUCACUCCACCCCACACCUUCUCGGCUCUUCUCUUCUCUCCUCUUCCGGCAUUGCCCGCCGCGCCGGCAUCGAUGGCGCUCCACCACCUCCGCCCGUAUCUCUUCUCCACGGCGGCACGCCCGGUCCCCCACGCGGCGGCGCGGGCCGGUGGCGGCCGGGCCCGCCGCUCCCUCGCCGUCGUCCGGUGCUCCUCCGCCGCCCAGGCGCUCAAGAUCAAGUCCAUCCCGACCAGGCCGGUUGAGGGGCAGAAGACUGGGACUAGUGGGUUGAGGAAGAAGGUGAAAGUGUUCCAGCAGGAAAAUUAUCUCGCCAAUUGGAUUCAGGCUCUGUUCAAUUCAUUGCCCCCGGAAGAUUAUGUUGGCGGAACCCUUGUACUUGGUGGUGAUGGCCGAUAUUUUAACAAGAAUGCUUCUCAGAUUAUCACUAAAAUUGCAGCUGGAAAUGGUGUUGGGAAGAUCUUAGUUGGCAGGAAUGGUGUGCUGUCAACGCCUGCUGUAUCUGCAGUAAUUCGUAAAAGACAAGCCAAUGGUGGCUUCAUCAUGAGUGCAAGUCAUAAUCCAGGUGGGCCAGACAACGACUGGGGUAUCAAGUUUAACUAUAGCAGUGGGCAACCAGCACCAGAGACAAUUACUGACCAAAUAUAUGGGAAUACACUUUCGAUUUCUGAAAUAAAAAUAGCAGAUAUCCCUGAUGUUGAUUUGUCCUCUCUAGGAGUUGUAAGCUACGGUGAAUUCACCGUUGAAGUGAUAGACCCUGUCUUGGACUACCUUGAGCUAAUGGAGAAUGUGUUCGACUUCCAACUUAUCAAGGGCUUGUUGUCUCGGCCAGAUUUCAGGUUCGUAUUUGAUGCCAUGCAUGCUGUUACUGGUGCAUAUGCAGAUCCUAUUUUUGUUGAGAAACUUGGAGCUGAUCCGGACUGCAUAUUAAAUGGCAUUCCUCUUGAAGAUUUUGGCAAUGGUCAUCCUGAUCCUAAUUUAACUUAUGCCAAAGAGCUUGUUUUUACCAUGUUUGGAAGCGGUGCACCUGACUUUGGUGCAGCAAGUGAUGGUGAUGGUGAUCGAAACAUGAUUCUUGGAAGAAGGUUCUUUGUUACACCAUCAGACUCUGUUGCAAUAAUUGCAGCAAAUGCACAGGCAGCAAUUCCUUAUUUCCAAUCUGGUCCAAAAGGUCUUGCAAGAUCAAUGCCAACUAGUGGUGCUCUUGAUCGUGUAGCUGAUAAAUUGAAUGUUCCAUUCUUUGAGGUACCAACGGGAUGGAAAUUUUUUGGUAACCUAAUGGAUGCAGGUAAACUGUCUAUAUGCGGAGAGGAAAGUUUUGGGACAGGAUCAGAUCACAUCAGGGAGAAGGAUGGCAUAUGGGCUGUUCUGGCUUGGCUCUCCAUUCUUGCACACCGGAACAAAGAUAAGAAGGUCGGGGAGAGAUUAGUUUCGGUGGAAGAUGUAGCUAGGGAACACUGGGCAACCUACGGAAGGAAUUUCUUCUCUAGAUAUGAUUAUGAGGACUGUGAAUCUGAGAGUGCAAAUAAUAUGAUGGGGCAUCUUAGAGAUGUAAUCGCAAAAAACAAACCUGGAGAGAAAUAUGGAGACUAUACCCUUCAGUUUGCUGAUGAUUUCAGUUACACUGAUCCGGUGGAUGGUAGUGCUGUAUCUAAACAAGGGCUUCGAUUUGUUUUCACCGAUGGAUCUAGGAUUAUCUUCCGCCUUUCGGGAACCGGAUCUGCUGGAGCAACAAUCCGUGUAUACAUUGAGCAAUUUGAGCCUGAUGCCUCAAAGCAUGAUCUGGAUGCACAAAUAGCUUUGAAGCCUUUAAUAGACUUAGCUCUCUCUAUUUCAAAGUUGAAGGACUUCACUGGAAGAGAUAAGCCUACUGUCAUAACAUAAGCAUACCGUUGACGGUACCGAUGUUACCACCUGUGUAUUCUUUCAUUUCUUUGUUUUUAUGGCCCCUUCCAACCUAUGAACCAAUAAUAUAACCUUAGGGCAAGUUUUGUAUUGAGUUGGGCAAACUGUAUCUUGGAGACUCUCUCCAUCGAAAUAAUAUGCAGGAAUGAAUAAGCUUGUACA